AUGCAAAGAAGACAGAAACAGUCGGAUCAGGUCAGGGGCCAUGGCAAGAGGGUUUUCACUGCCAUCAAUGACAUGGUGCAACACCUGGACAACUCUGAGGCUUUUCUUGGGAUAGCUAACCCACUCAGCAAGAAACAUGGCACCCAGCUAAAGACUGACCCCAAAAACUUUAGGGUUAUCUAUGACAUUAUCUUUCAACAUGGAGGAGACUGCAAAGCUUCCUUUGAGAAGGUGACCAAUGAAAUCUGCACUCACAUGAACAACGUCUACAAAGAGGAGGGUUGA